AAACAGGCGUGAUCUACACUCAGGGGUACCUGAAAUCUUGGCUGGUUUGAGGAGAGAUGAGGAUGAAAAAGACAUGAGAUUCUACAUCCUGACAGCUGCUUGUGGCAUCGGGACUUGGCUGUUUGUCAUCUCAUGAAAGAAAAGUGAAGAUAAACGCAGCUAGAGUGGGAGAGAAGCUAGACUCCAGAAAACUUUAUCUGCUCCUAAUGGACCUAGAGAGAAGUCUGUGUCUGUUCCUCUUAUUGGUGUUGAAGGUUUUUGUGCUUGGACAGAGUGCUCUUCCUGACUUGGCCCCUCCCUUUUCAAAAUGAAGGGGUGCACCUGGGUAUUUGUGGCAACUUUACUUUGUCAGCAGUUUUGCUUCUUCAGAGUUACAGCAGCAAAGAGAGAGAGAAAGAUGAAGAAAGAACCUAAUCAGUAUACAGAGCCUUUCAAUGCUACCCUCUCAAACAGUGAAGAACUGCAUGGGCAUCCCAAGAUUCUUGAAUCUCCAGACCCUCGAAUCACAGAUCCACGGCGCACCUGGAUCUCCUUUGUUCACCGCCCAGAUGAUGGCAAUACCUCCAAAAGGAGAUGCAAAGGGAAAGACAAGAAAUUACGUGGCCUUGUUGGACCUCCAGGACCUCCUGGCCCACAGGGACCUCCAGGAGCCCCUGGUGCUGAAGUCACCCGGGAAGUCCUUCUGCAGGAGUUUAAGGAGAUAUUAAAAGAAGCCAUUGAACGUCGAGCUUCCCUGGCUAUCUCAGCUCAUCCUAGCCAGCUGCCUCCACUCCUGCUCUCCUUGGAGGAAGUUUCACCCCACAGACGUGUAGAGGAGGCGUUCCACUGCAAGCUAAAAGGCCAGGUCCUUGUAGAUAAGAAGACCCUGGUAGAACUUCAGAACUUCCAGUCGCCACUGGCCAAAGGAGCUUUUCUCCGGGGGGCAGGAUUAAACCUGGCAACAGGACGUUUCACAGCACCUGUGUCUGGCAUCUACCAGUUUUCAGCCAAUGUCCACAUUGAUCACAGUGAGUUGAAGAGUAAAGUCCAACUCCGAGCCAGAGAUAACGUCCGGGUGUUGAUCUGCAUUGAGUCUCUGUGCCACCGCUACACGUCUUUGGAGGUCAUUGCUGGUCUGGAAAGUAACAGCAAAAUCUUCACUGUCUAUGUCCAUGGCUUACUGCAGCUGCAGGCUGGCCAGUACACCUCCAUCUUUGUGGACAACAGUGCAGGAGCUCCCAUCACCAUCCAGAAUGGCUCAGACUUCAUGGGCAUGUUCAUGGGUGUGUAACAUCACCUGCAGGGGUGCAGCAGGGAAGGAUCUGAUCUCUAGAGCCUGGCAGUGGAUAUUUGCCUGAAGAAACCUGGACUCUUGAAGGCUUCUCCCUUUAACUGCUGGCAUCUUUUCAAACGGGCAAAGAGCCUUUUCUUUUACAGAUACUUCAGCUUGCUUUCAGAGGCUACUGCUUUUCAAGGUCCAAAGCAGUUCACUCA